AUGGGUUCUGAAGAAGAGGAGAGACUGAAGUUCAUGGAGACAGUGAGGUCAACGCUAGAGGAGGUGAAGGCUCAUCGAUGCUCCAACGAGGAUCUGUUAGUCGCACAGCACAAGAAGAUCCAAGGAAUGGAAGCAGAGCUUCAGCGAGUCCAGGCUCUCCUCGAUGCAGAGAGAGAUCAGUCUAGGAGUCUACGAGCAGCCUUGGGGCUCAUGCGCGACAGACAAGCUGCUGUGCGAGGGGAGGUGACAGAGUUGAAAGAUCGGCUCAUCUCCAUCUUUCAAGCAUCGGACCUCAACGACAUGAAACGACUGAUUAGUGAACGACAGGACUCUCGAGCGCGGAGUGAGGUAGUAGAGUUGCGACCAGAAGAGGACAAGGAAGAAUUCGAGACGGACUCAGACACAGAGAAACAGAUACACCGUGAGGUAGACAGUCUGUCAAGAGAGGUUUCCUGUGUUUCUCGAAACCUAUCAGCGUUAAUGCUGCCUUCCCUCACUGCGACUGAAAAGCUCUCGGCAUUGCUCGUGAGCAUGCGAAUCAAGGGGAGGCAGUGCUGUGCCAUGGCAGCAUCGAUAUAUGAUCACAUAAACACUGUGACAGAAAACAGCCUCCAUCAGGAACUCGCGGAUGAAGCUUGUGAGGGGGAACAGCAGGAAGACGGAGGGGCUGGAGGUGUUGGAGGGUCAGAAGUUAAGUCACUUCAUUCCUCCUUCAACCUCUGGCGGAUGUUUGCAGUUUGGGAGCCAAGGAGGAGGAAUCAGAACCGUAUCUUGAUGCUCAGAAGCAGCUCCAAGAGGUCCCUUGCUCAAUCUAUCUUCACCUGGAACGAGUACGCCACCAGACGCAAGGUAUUCUACAGCCGUGAGUCCGUUAUCAAGAGGAACCAGAGGAAGUCUCUGAUGAGGAAGUGCUUCAGUGCCAUUGAAAGUUGCUCCUCUUCUCAGCUGCUCGAUCCCUCAGGGCCAGCAAGAGAGGGAUGCGGCGAAGAGCUUCAGUUGGCAUCUGUUGACCUCGCUGGGGGAGAUCUUGACGGAGCUCUGUGCAUUUGA